AUGAACCAUAUUGAUAUUUCGAUGGAUCCUGCUAGCGCUACAUCCUCAAAUAAUAGAUCCACAUCCUUAAGCAAUAGCACUACAUCCACGAGUACUAUUUGUGAUGAAGACAAUAGAGAACAGAAUGAUGAUAACAAUCUUUUUCUGGAAGAAGUUACUCUUCCUGUUGUUCUGAAAGAUAAUAUUAACACAGUAGAGGAUGGACAAAAUCCAACAGAAUGUCAUACAUGUUGCAAUGCAUGCCGUGAAAAACAAAAUAUGAUCAUAAACAAAUUAAAUUUAGUGAUAAAUUUACUCACCAAUCCUGAAACUAACCAAGCAAGUACAACAGAGACAUACAACAAUUUAUUACCAGAUUUCCAGUUAGCAACAACAGAUGAAUUCCUGAAAUUCGAACAAGAGUUACAAACAGAUAGAGAAAUCCCAAAACAAUUUGUUUCACCCGUCGCUCGACCGAUCAACGGGUCGAUCAACGGGACCGAUCAACGGACCGAUCAACGGGUCGAUCAACCGACCGACCGUCGAACGACCGAUCGACGGACCGAUCGACGGACGAACGGGGGCGAUCAACGAACCGAUCAACGGGUCGAUCAACGAACCGAUCGUAACGGUAAAUCGAAUCCGCGGAUCUGGUCGACGUGCAAUCCUACGCGCGGCAGAACAGGUUACCGCUAUAUACUGACGAUCAUCGACGCGCUAAGCAAGUACGCGUGGGCGGUACCUCUCAAGCGUAAGUCCGGAAGCGAGGUGGCCGAGAUGCUCGCUCGGAUAUUCCGCGACGACCGCAGGUGUUCGCGGAACCUGCAAACCGACGAGGGCAAGGAAUUCUACAACGCGCAGGUACGAGAACUAGCACGUAAGCGCGGUAUAAAUCACUAUUCCACGCACUCGGUAAUGAAGGCCUCGAUAGUGGAACGCUUCAAUCGUACGCUGAAGAAUGAAAUGUGGAAGGUGUUUACGCUCAAUGGAUCGUACGAGUGGACAGACGCGUUAUCGCGCCUCGUGCGAAAGUACAACGCUCGCCGGCACCGCACUAUCGCCAUGCGGCCAGUUGACGUCACGCCCGCCACAGCUGCUCAACUGCUGUCCACUGUUUACAAGCGCGUGAAGAUCGCCGCGCCAGCGAAAUUCCGCGCGGGUGAUACGGUGCGCGUGAGCAAGCAUAAAACCAUCUUCGCGAAGGGCUAUACACCGAAUUGGACCACGGAGGUAUUCACGGUAACGAAGGUGCAACGGACCAAUCCCGCGACGUACCUGUUGCAAGACUAUCGCGGUAAUCCGAUCUCCGGUGGCUUCUACGAGCACGAGUUACUCAGAGCACGGCAUCCGGACGUUUAUCUCGUGGAAAAGGUGCUGCGGCGAAGAGGAAACGAUGUGUACGUCAAGUGGCUCGGAAUGGACGCGUCGCACAAUUCUUGGAUCAGUAGGGACAAUGUGCUGUGAUCGUACGCGUGUAUCUUUUAUUACAUAUAUAUAUAUAUGGUUAUAUAUACUUUAUAAGGAAAGUUAUAAGAACAUGUAAUACUGUGUAUUAUGUUUAAUACGAUGAAUGAAUACAGUAUCAUACACACGAUGUGUUCUUUCGCUUUCCCCUCGUGUAUGUCACUG